GACACCACGGAAUGAAGUAGCCUAUGUUCGAAGAGGCAAACAUGGAGGACCGACGCUGAGAGUCAUGAGAACGCCGCAAAACUUUUUGGAUAGUGGAUGCAGGCUAGCCUGCGUCGUUUACUUGCUUGUUUAUUAUCCAGUUAUUUAGUAUUUUCGUCGUUUAAACCACGGAAAGAAAAUGUUUGUAAUGCAGUAAAAGGCUGGUCGUUGUUUUUUGGAGAAAACGCAGGGGGUCUGGCGCUGGCGAUAUCCCCCUCAACCAUCCCAACGCUAUGCCGUGGGUGAGCAGCAACAAGCGAAGAGAAAGCUCGGAGCUGCCGCUGCCCGCGGGCUGGGAGGAAGCACGGGAUUACGAUGGCAGAGUGUUUUACAUUGACCACAACACUCGACAAACUUCUUGGAUUGACCCAAGGGACAGGAUAACCAAACCCCUGACCUUUGCUGACUGCGUGGGAGACGAGCUUCCCCUCGGCUGGGAGGUGGUGUUGGAUCAGCAGGUGGGAGUCUACUACAUCGACCACAUCAACAAGACCACCCAGAUCGAGAACCCGCGGGCGCAAUGUCGUCAGGAGCAGGAGCGCAUGCUGAAGGAGUACCUGGUGGUGGCGCAGGAGGCACUCGUCGCCAAGAAGGAGAUGUACCUGGUCAAGCAGCAGCGGCUGGAGCUGGCCCAGCAGGAGAUGCUGCUCUUCCACCAGCUCUCACAGGAGGACACGCACUCCGUCACCAGCUCACACUCUGGCUCUUCUUCAAAUGCAAAAUAUGACCCUGACCAAAUAAAAGCGGAAAUUGCCUGUAGGCGGGAGCGGCUCUCCAGACUUAAACUGGAGCUGGCCCAGGUGAAGCAGGAGCUUCAGUACAAGGAAAUGGGAGUGGAGACCCUGCAAGAGAUUGACAGGAAGAUGUCCAACACUCAGACAAACUACAAGCUGGACGAGGCCCAGGCCAUCUUUACCGAGCUGCGCAGCAUCAAGAAGGCCAUCACAUCAGGCGAGAAGGAGAGGCAGGACCUCAUCCAGAGCCUGGCUAAGCUCACCGCCAACUAUCACAGCAGCUUGUCCACUGGCGACUCGAUAAAUGAGGUGGCUAACAACAGCAGCACUACCCUGGGUGACUCGUGCCUGUUGCAGCAGUACUGUGAGACUGGCUGUCAGACUGAGAUCACAGGAGAGUUUGGUUCCCAAGAUUUCUCUCCAGUGGUGGACAAAGAGAGACUUAACUGGCAGUAUGAAGAAGCUAAGAAAAGAGUGUCCAGCAUCCAGCACCAGCUGGCCCAGUUGGACAGCGAGAGCUGGUGCGGCCGGGCCGAGGUGGACCGGGACAGCCUGCAGCUGCUGCGCGAGAAGGAGGCCCUGCUGCAGGAGAUCACGCUGCUCAGCCAGCAGCAGCGCCCUCCGGAGGCCUUCCUGCAGCUGGAGGAGGAGCGCCGGCGCCUCGAGGAGGAGGUGCAGAGGGCCCGCAGCCUGCAGAGCCAGGGAGCCAACCAGAGGAUCCUGCAGCAGGAGAAGAGAAAUGUGCUGCUUCGACAGCUGGAGGAGGCCACACGCAUCACCACCUACCUCCACUCGCAGCUCAAGAGUCUCUCUGCCAGCAACCUGACCAUGUCGUCCAGCAGCAGCCGCGGCUCUCUGGCCUCCAGCCGCGGCUCCCUGGCGUCCAGCCGGGGCUCGCUCAGCUCCAUCAGCUUCACCGACAUCUACGGCCUGCCCCAGUACGAGCGCGUCGAGGCCCCGCUGGAUCCGGCGGACCCCCACCUGCGCUACCUGUUGCCCCUGGAGGCCCCCGGCAUGGGUCUGGGCAAGCCCAAGCGCUCGCACGACACUCCGCAGUCGCUGGCCUCGCUCUCGUCCCGCUCGUCCCUCUCCUCGCUGUCCCCGCCCAGCUCGCCCAUGGACACGCCCUACCACUCGGCGCCCCAGGACUGCCCCCUCGCCCAGAUGACGGAGGAGUACUUGGACGUGGCGGGCCGCGGCAUCUUGGAGAGCCUCAGGGGCCAGAGCCAACACCCUGCGCUUCUGCCGGCUGAGGCCGAGGUGGGCGGCGGCGGUGGAGGCUCGGCCUCCACUCACCUGAUGGAGGCCAAGGGUCACAGAGAGGCAGGGCCUCAGGGGUCAUUUCCUCCAACAGGAGUGACCCUGCGAUGCAACAGCAGUAACAGGAACAGCAGGAGAGCCAGGAGGACUUCUACGGGGGUGUCUGAGGAGGCUCUGGCCACAGACAGCGGGGUGUUUGAAGCCUGGAGCAGAAGCAGAACGGACGAAUCAGAGGAGAUUCUAUACAGCAGAGAUUCUGUUACCACAGCUGAAGCUCCUCAGAUUCAGUUAGGACUUCUCUAUGAUGCAAACUCUCAGUGCCUUGUGCUGCACAUCCUGCAGAUGAGGAAUGUACACAAAGCUGCAGUGAGGGAAGGCUACAGAGUCUAUGUGAAGGUGCACGUGCUGCCCGUGGACCCGAGCCGGCCGUGCCCUUACUACUGCUGCCGGCCCCAGGAGCCGCGUUCGCCGCUCAACUUCAACGAGGGCUUCCACGUCCCGCUGGCUGCAGACAGCCUGGCCUUGCACAGCCUGCAGCUCAGCGUCUGCGCAGUCGGCAUGCAAGCGCAGGAGGAACAGCUGGGCACGGCUCGGGUGGUACUGGCCGAUUGGGAGAACAGCUCCGAGAUGACGGUAGCCUGGCACAGGAUCCACCUUACGGCGACCAAGGAGUUCCAGCGGAAUGACGUGGUCAGCCGGAGCGGACGGACCGGGCACCGCGUGGAGGAAGAGGUGGAUGAGGACGAGGAGAGAGGGCGGUGUGCAGAAGAGCAAUCCAGGUCAAAGGUAUCAGGCUCGGCUCUGUUGGCUCGCGUCACCACCCAGUUGGAGGAGGUGGGGAGAGAGCUGGACCUGAGCGAGGAGGAGCUGGAGAGGAAGGAGGAGCAGGGAGAGGCGGUAUCCGAGAGGAGCUGGCAGGCUGAGUCGGUGGACAGCGGCUGUAGCAACAGCACUGCGUUCGCCACGCCCUGUGUGGAGGGGCUCUGCGCUGAAGGCAUCUGCAUGACCAGCGGGGGGCGUUGUGUGCAGCCCAGCGACAGAGGCCUUGUUGUCAGGGUGGAUAAAGCUACAAACACAGAGGUGGUCUUCCCUGAGCCAAUGAGGGUGCGGCCCAAGGAGCGUGGGGGGCGCUGGGGACACGCCUCCCCCUUCAUGCGAGGCAGCGCCAUUGUGCGCUCGCAGACUUUCUCCCCGGGAGCACGCAGCCAGUAUGUGUGUAGGUUGUACCGAAGUGACAGCGACAGCUCCACGCUACCAAAGAAGUCCCCCUUCAUCAGAAACACUCUGGAGAGACGAACUCUGCGUUACAAACAGCAGCAGCAGUCGUACCGCUCAUCCCUGGCAGAGCCGCCGACGCGCACCUCCCUGGACCUGGAGCUGGACCUCCAGGCGUGCCGCACGCGGCAGCGGCAGCUCAAUGACGAGCUGAACACGCUGCGGGAGCUCAAGCUGCGGCUGGAGGAGCCACAGACGCGCGACACCCCCGACCCCCCCCUCUGGGCCCUACGUGACGAGCGCUUCCGCUGCCUGUUGCGUGAGGCCAACAGACAGGCCAAGCAGAGCCGGCAGGAGCAGAGGCAGGAGGAGGCGGCUGACCGGAGGCUGAGGAAGGCCUCCAAAGAGGUGUUGCAGAUGAGGGGCCAGAGCCAGAAGGAGCCCUUGCCUGUUCAGACGUUCAGAGAGAAGAUGGCAUUCUUCACUAGACCAAGGUUCAACAUACCUCCUCUGCCAGCAGACGAUGUAUGAGUGCAAGACUCUAUACUACAUGAUCUAAUAUGAAGUAUCUGUCUAUUUUAUUUAGUUCUCUGUUCAUUAUUUUGUGUAUUUGUAUGCAAAAUCCCAUGAAGUCAUCAGAACAAAUUGUAGUUAUUUCAACAGAUUGAAAUGAUGAAAGAUGGUAUACAAAGUGAACAAAAAAGCUUUACCAAAAGGAGUGUUUGUGUGUGUGUGUGUGGGGGGGGGGGGUGAACUAACGCAGACACAAAUUCACACACACAUUUUUGUAAUUAUUGACAUUAUUGAGGGAAAAAGUGGGUCUACUUAUUUUAUAAGAGAAAAAAAGUAUCAUUUUACAUCUGUACGAUUUAACGAUUUACCACAAAUGAAUCUUUUUUUUUUUUUUUCUUUUGCUUUUGUAAGGCUGGAAGACGGGAACAAAGUCAGUUUAGACUAAUUCACUGUACUGUAACUUAUUUUAUAGUACUUUUCCUUGAAGGAAAUAAAAAUGCUAUGCGCUUGUAGGUGUAUUUUAUAAAGCUUAAGACAAAUAGCACUUCAGUGUUUGACGUACAGUAGAAUGAAACUUCCGGCUGAUUUUGUUUCUGUUACCUGACUCUUUAAAGUUAUUUGCAUAAAAUGUCACUUUUUUUAAUCCACUUUUAUUACAGUUGUCAUUGUCUUCUGUGCUGUUAUUAUAUUAAAAUUAUUAAUAUUAAUAUA